CAGAUCUGAGCAUUAAAAACUUUCCGAAUUUACAUCUACGGUUCACAUUGAUUAUCCCAGGGUGGUCACAUCUUUCUAUACGACCAUUCUACCCCUCACCGAAAUUCAAAUUCCCGCCCCUAAACGUGAAAAUCCCAGAAUCAGAAAAUCCAAAUCCUCAAUCUCACACACAAAACAGAACGAAAAGAAAAAAAACCCUAAUGUCAUCAUCAACCACAAACAACAAUAUGAACGACGUUGAUCGUUUGUUCGCAUGCUUCAAAUGCGGUCUAUCACCUCCUCCAUCUGCUUUGAUUGAAAGAAAACGAAGGAAAAGGAAAUUGGACAAGGAAGUUUCCAAGAAUGAGUUUGUAUCAGAAUCAAUUGGAGAAGAAGCCAAAACUCCGUUAUCAUGUAUCAAAACUACAAACGUGGAAUCUUCUAUAGAGAAACUUAAAUCAGCAAUAGCUAAAACCAAAAGCUGUAGUAGUAGGAAGCAGAUCUCUCCAGUUGUAUUCUAUGGUUCUCCUCAUGGAGUGCCUCCAAAAAAACCUACCAGUUUAUGGCGAUUAUUGCAUGAGAUACGUGUUGAUCUCUCUCAGCGAAAUAAACUCAACUUAAGGAAGGAAGUUUGGUUUACAUUCCCAAAGCAGGAUGAAGCAGUAAAAUUUGCCAAAGGACAAGAAGAUGUUCAUCUCUUUAGUUACCAAGAUCACUUUAAUGGCCAGAGAAGGUUCCUUGUGUCUACAUAUACAGAAUUCUGGCGAAGGUACAAAAACAUGCCUUCCAAAUUCCGUCAUCAUUAUGAAGUGAUUCAAGAGGGUUUACCAUGCCACCUUUACUUUGAUUUGGAGUUUAAUACAAAAGUCAACAUAGGAAAGAAUGGAGACGAAAUGGUUGAUCUUUUGAUAUCAGUAGUUUUAGAAGCCUUACAUGAGAAGUAUGAAAUCCAUGGAGAGCGUGAUUGGAUAGUAGAACUCGAUUCUUCAACUGAAGAUAAGUUUUCUCGUCAUCUAAUAAUACGCAUACCAAAGGCUGCUUUUAAGGAUAACUCCCAUGCAGGUGCCUUUGUUUCAGAAGUAUGCUCAAGAAUUCUAAAUGCAAAGGGGGAAGAUAAAAGUUAUGAAAAGUUGUUUGUAGCAAAAGAUACCAAUGAAUCUGCUUGCCAACUUUUUGUGGAUACUGCUGUGUAUACUCGGAAUCGUUGCUUCCGUCUUCAUCUAUCUUCAAAGGCAGGAAAAAGUUCAAUUCUCUUGCCAACAGAGAAAUUUAAGUGCAAGAACUUGAGUGAAGAAGACAUGUUCAUGGCUUCCUUGAUCUGCAACAUGGACGUUGAUUGUGGAAAACUUCUUGUCUGCAAACCAGACUUAGAUUGCGUGAAGACUCUGCAUUUUGAUACAGAGUUGAAUUGUAAUCUUGGAAACUAUGUCCAAAUUCAUCCAGAACUUACAUUAAAUACUUGCACAAGUGAUGUUUCAAGAACAUUCUUCAUGGGAAAGUCACCAUUCCCAUAUGUGGACGAAUUUAUAUUAUCUGUUGCCUCUGUUGGGAAUAUACCAGGAAAAAUUCAUAGCUGGUAUUUAUUCUCUGAAUUUGGACUGCUGGUCUACAGCAUGACAAAAAAUAGAUAUUGCGAGCGAAUUGGCAGACAACACAAAAGCAAUAAUGUGAUGUUCAUUGUUGACCUAAGAAGGGUAGUGUACUAUCAGAAAUGUUAUGAUCCUGACUGCAGAGGUUUCCGAUCUUCUUCGCGACCAAUUCCAAUUCACUUGUUUUCCAAUCCUUCAGUUGUUGUUGGUUCAUCUGGGCUGUCAAAGGAUAAACAGCCAGUAGAUGAUAUGCGGGGACAUCAGCCUGAUGAUAACAACAAACCCAAUUUUCUACAAUAUGAAGGCACUGUUGAGGACAACUCCAAUGAUUCUUGGUGGCUAGAAGCCAUAAAAGUAGUUGAGGAUGUUGAGAGUAAGCAAACUGCAACAGAGUUAAGCACCAAGAUGGUCUGCACGUGGAAUGAGUUAUAACAGAUGUCCUAGACACUGUAAUACUCAGUAUCGCAAUCUGUUGGAUCACCUUCGACCGACAGGCGUAAGGAUAAUAACUUAAUUUAUUUCGUUAUAAUUUGUUAACUUCUUCUACCUAGAUUAUAAUCCUAUCUUCUUUCACAUUUCAGUUCAUUUGGCGUCCAUACCUUAAUUUGGAUCAUGACCAUGAGGUCAACGCUGAAAACGCGGCUGUAUGGACUGCAUGCACACCGAUAAUUCACAACUGUGGAGAAGCACAACAGUGAUUGUGUGAAGUUGCAGUUCGGUAUGCCUCAAAACAUCCCAGAUCCCUCAGCAAGCCUAGGAGAGUGGCAUUUGCGCAAAGUUAACGGCCAAUGGAACUUCAAUCCAUGGCAAAGCUUCGCAAGAUCGGAGUGUCGCAAAUGGAAGCACCGCCAUGACCAUGUCUUAAAUGACGCAAUCAUGCCAUAUGAAGAAAAACCAAGUCGUACUUAUAUGGCUUGGUAUAGAUCGGUUGGUUUUCAGUUCAUUGCCGAGGAUAUGUACCUCUACGACCCAUGCCAGAUGACUUACACACCCGAUACCUCAACAUCAAACCCCCAACGAUAGUGUCAGACCGGAUACACACAAGCCCUGUCCGUCAAACAUUCCGUUCAACCAACACACAAACAUAUAACCAAAACAUGCCAUACACCCAACCCCAAUACCAAGAGCAUACCCCAUACUACCACCAACAAAUUGACCAUCAACCUGAGACCCAACAUCGCUUCGCACCCACCCCAUCACCCUACCAAAGCCGCCUUAGCCAGAACACCCAUCGAUCAUUCAACACCAACCGCCCCUCCUUCUACCAUAGCCAAGAAGCACAAACCUCACAAAACAACUAAAACAUCCAACAACCUUAUCUCUACCAAACACCCCAACAACCUUUCCAACAUUUCCUCAACGCAUCAUUCACACUCAUGUUUCCCUUCAACCGUCCCGGUUGCCCACCAAUGAGUCAACCACAAACCAACUACUCUGGCAUGGGUCAUGAACUCAGCUACGCGCGGUACACCCUCGAUGCAUACUGAAGACUAUGCCGACUUGUCUGACUACCUCAACAGACCAUCUCCUGUAGUUGGUAGUGACGUUCCUGGCCCCUCAGAUGCUCAAACACCAGUGGUGAAUCAUCAACGUGGGUUAGGGCCACGGGUUAGGGUAGCUAGGGGAUGUGGGACCGGAGGUCGGUUAGGUGAUCCCGGUCAUCACCAUCAGGCUUUUUUGUGUAAACGGAAAUUUCUUAUUAAUAUCAAUUGGUCAUAUUUCAAAUUUAUGUAUCACGUAGACUAUUUACCAAAAAAAAAUUGUAUUUUAUACUGAGGUGCCAAUCCAAUUGGCGCCUCCUAUCAAGUAAUACACAUGGGCGCCAAUUGGAUUGGCUAGGACACAUGCCCUAGCCAAUCCAAUUGGCGUCUCCAUUCAAUUUUUAAAGUGGGAUAGUUUGAGAAUUUUUUUCAAACUGGGGGUAUUUUGGGAAUUUCAAUGAAAAAGUAGGUUAUUUUUGUAAAAAAUUCGUGAGACAGCGGCUGAAGCUUAUCCAGAACUUGCUGUUCGAACUAUGGCUAAAAUAUGUGUUGAAACUGAGAGCACCCUUGACUAUGGAGACAUUUUUAAAAUGAUAAUGCAACACUCACCAGUUCCUAUAAGUCCAUUAGAGAGUCUAGCUUCUUCUGCUGUUAGAACUGCCAACUCAGCUAGAGCAACUCUCAUAUUGGUUUUAACUCGAGGAGGGACUACUGCAAAGUUGGUGGCUAAAUACAGGCCAGGCACGUGGUGACCUUGGAAUGGAAAUUCCAAUAGAGAAGAUCUUUCUCGCACAGAAAGUGAUGAUUUAUAAGUGCAAUAUCCAAGCAAAACCGGUUGUUACUGCAACCCAGAUGUUGGAAUCAAUGAUCAUAUCUCCCAGGCCAACCAGAGCUGAAGCUACUGAUGUUGCCAAUGCAGUUCUGGAUGGAACAUACUGUGUGAUGCUUGGUGGUGAGACAGCGGUUGGAGCUUAUCCAGAACUUGUUGAUCGAACUAUGGCUAAAAUACGCGUUGAAGCUGAGAGCACCCUUGACUAUGGAGACGUUUUUAAAAGGAUAAUGCAGCACUCACCAGUUCCUGUGAGUCCAUUAGAGAGUAGCUGAGUUGGCAGUUCUAACAACAGAAGAAGCUAGACUCUCUAAUGGACUCAUAGGAACUGGUGAGUGCUGCAAAGUUGGUGGCUAAAUACAGGCCAGACACACCAAUUCUUUCUGUUGUUGUUCCUGAGCUUACGUCUGAUACCAUGUUAAGAAAUGUGGUUGGGUCCAACUCAAUCCUACAAAACCGGUUGGCUAGAGCAGCUCUCAUAUUGGUUUUAACUCGAGAAGGGGAAGUGUCACAUCAGCUAGUAAACUGAUUUUGACAGAAGGAUGGUUAUGCAAAGUUGACACAUUCAGUAUCUAGUUUGUAUGUGCUGACAAUUUCAGUGACUGAAGCAACAUAAGUUGCUAUUUUAGUGACCAAAUUGUUUAUUAGCUCUGUAGAAGUAAAUUAUCUUCGAGCAUGACUGUGAUGAAGGUGUUUUAUUUAUCUUAAUUGUUCACAUGAAUACAACACUAAAUAUCAGUUCCAUAAAAUGU